AUGAGGGAUCCAAGUGCUAUUCAAAUAAUCAACGAGGCUAAGGAGUUUAAUGAUGCCACGUUGGAUUAUUUCCGUGAAUGUACUAACAAUCGUGAUGUUGGGCUAAAUUACCAUGUUAUAUCUGUAUUUGGUUCUCAAUCAAGUGGCAAGUCGACGUUGUUGAAUGCAUUAUUCAACACAAACUUUGAUACUAUGAAUGCUCAGGUUAAAAGGCAGCAAACAACGAAAGGAAUUUGGCUUGCGCAUACAAGAGAAGUGUCUACAAAACAAAGUCAUGUAGAAGAGAGUGAGGCACUCGAUUUCUUUGUACUAGAUGUGGAAGGUUCUGAUGGUGCAGAAAGGGGUGAAGAUAAGGAUUUUGAACGUAAAGCGGCAUUGUUUGCGUUAGCAACCUCAGAAGUGUUGAUUGUGAAUAUGUGGGAGCAACAAGUUGGGUUAUAUCAAGGUAACAAUAUGGGAUUGUUGAAAACUGUUUUUGAGGUCAAUUUAUCUCUUUUUGGACAUAAGAAAGACAAACAGAAAAUUGGUCUAUUAUUUGUAAUUAGAGACUUCACUGGGUUCACUCCUAUAUCAAGUUUGAGUGAAACUUUGACUGCUGAGUUAGAUGGAAUGUGGUCAGAAUUAAACAAACCUGCUGAAGCCGAAGAUAGUACUAUUUAUGAUUUUUUUGACUUGCAUUUUACUGGACUAAGUCAUAAAUUAUUCAAGCCUGAGGAGUUCGAGAACGAUGUUCGAAAGUUGGGUGAUCAGUUCAUUGACAAAAAGAACAAAAACUACACUUUAAAAGAUAUUUAUCAUCAAGGCCUCCCGCUAGAUGGCUGGGCAUUGUAUGCAGCUAAUUGCUGGGAACAAAUAGAGAGUAACAAAGACUUAGAUUUGCCAACACAACAAACCUUAGUUGCUAGGUUUAAGACCGAAGAACUUGCUGCUAACGCGUAUGAUAAUGCAAUGUCUCAGUUCAAUACUUUGAGUGCUGAUCUCACUGGCUCUCAAUUGGCGAAAGCGUUGAAACAAUUAAAAGAUUCCUGUCUAGAUGAAUACGAUAGUUUUGCAUCAAGAUACAUGAAGAUCGUAUACCUUGAAAAGAGAGAUGCGCUAUUGGAAAAACUACAGUCAAAGUUUAAUAAAUCUACGGAACUUUGUAUCUCAGAUCUAAUUGAGAAAUUAGUUCAAAACUUCCAAUUACAGCUUUCAAAUAAAACAAAUAAGGACCCAUUUGCUGAGAAAAUCGAUGCAGGGCGGCAGGAAGCGAUAGCGAAGUUUGAGGAGGAGACGCGAGAUUUUGUUCAGUUGGAAGUUGUCCAUUCUUUAGAGGAACAGCAUAAAUCUCUACACGCUAGAAUUGAACAAGUAGUGAACCAAGAACGGCGCAAAGAAAUCAAAUCAAUUGUUUUAAAAGCGAAGAAGUAUUUGCAUCAUAAUUUAAGUGAUAGUGUGGUUCAUAUGCUAUCCCACCCCGACGAAAACGUUUGGAGUUCAGUCAUGCAGAAGUUUAAAGAGCUUUGUUCUGCAUCUUUUAAGAAAUAUGAGGUUUUGUCAAAUAAUACUGAUCAAGCAGUUUUUGACUUUCAAGUUGGCGCAAGUCAUGAAGAAAACAUAUCCAUUCAUGAGACAAUACUAUCCAAUGCAUGGACUAUCUUGAGAGACCUUAUUCAUCAGUACUUGAAGGAAGAUAAUGUUGUUUCCAUCAUAAGGGACGUUUUUGAGAACCACUUUCGUUACGAUGAAAAUGACGUCCCUAGAUUAUGGAAGAACGAAGAAGAGAUUGAUGGCUCUUUCAAAAUUUCUCGGGAGCACGCUUUUAAGAUGUUAGACAUCUUAUCAACAGUUUCUAUAGAUGGUCUAGAGGUUGAGCCUGAUGUUAAAAUACAAGCAGAAGAAGAUGAAUACGAAAAAGAAGAUGGCUCAUACCAACAACAAAAAUUUGCCCAAAUAUUGGAUGCUAUUCAAAAGCAAAAAGUUAUCCAGCAAUUCAAGAGAUUUGCAAACUUAAGUGUAAUUGAGGCCAAACGCUCUACCAUGACAUCUAUAACCCAUAUUCCAACUUGGUUGUACGCUGUUAUAGUUGUCCUCGGUUGGAAUGAGUUUAUGAUGGUCAUACGUAAUCCAUUUUUUAUUUCCUUGCUCUUACUCCUCGGUACCAUAUUUUAUUCUGUUCAUAAAUUAAACUUAUGGGGACCCCUAGUAACAUUCACAAACCAAGCAUUCGAGGAAACAAGGACUACUGUUAAGAAAAAGUUAAGAGCUCUCCUUAUGGAUGAAGGGGAUAAUAAACCCAUUACUUAUCAGACGAAGAUGGAGUCGUUUGAAAUGGUGGGAAUGGACAAUGAGGAAGCGGAAUAA